CAGACCUUAUCCUGACUUUUAAUAUUUCAAUGCACCGAUCUUGGUGGAUGGAGAAUGGACCAGGAUGUACGGUGACAUCAGUGACACCCGCCCCAGACUGGGCCCCAGAAGACCAUCGCUACAUCACGGUCUCAGGGUGCUUUCUGGAGUACCAGUACAUAGAAGUGGCUCAUAGUUCCCUGCAGAUUGUCCUCGCACUGGCAGGGUUCAUCUACGCCUGUUAUGUUGUGAAAUGUAUAACUGAAGAAGAGGACAGCUUUGAUUUCAUAGGUGGCUUUGACUCUUACGGCUAUCAAGGGCCUCAGAAGACAUCUCAUUUACAACUACAGCCUAUGUACAUGUAA